AAUGGCGGACUCAGCUCCAGCCCGUGGCGGAUUUCGCGGAGGUUUCGGUGGUGCCGGAGGCGGCGGUAGGGGAGGACGCGGCGGCCCGCGCGGUCGCGGUCGCGGACGCGGUCGUGGACGUGGACGCGGCAAGGAGGACUCCAAGGAAUGGGUGCCCGUGACCAAGCUGGGACGUUUGGUGCGCGACGGCAAGAUCCGUUCGCUCGAGGAGAUCUAUCUCUUCUCUUUGCCCAUCAAGGAGUACGAAAUCAUCGAUUUCUUCAUCGGUGCUGAUCUGAACGAUGAGGUUCUUAAAAUUAUGCCCGUUCAGAAACAGACCCGUGCCGGACAACGUACACGUUUCAAGGCCUUCGUCGCCAUUGGUGACAGCAAGGGACACAUUGGUCUUGGUGUCAAAUGCAGCAAGGAAGUGGCAACUGCAAUUCGUGGUGCCAUCAUCUUGGCCAAGCUCUCAGUGGUUCCAGUCCGACGUGGAUACUGGGGUAACAAAAUUGGUCAACCCCACACUGUGCCUUGCAAGGUAACUGGAAAAUGUGGUUCCGUAACCGUAAGACUGAUUCCCGCCCCCCGUGGUACCGGUAUCGUAUCUGCGCCCGUACCCAAGAAGCUGCUGCAGAUGGCCGGUAUCGAGGAUUGUUACACGUCGGCCAGAGGAUCCACAGGCACUUUGGGUAACUUCGCAAAGGCCACAUACGCCGCCAUCGCGAAGACCUACGCAUACUUGACACCAGACUUGUGGAAGGAGAUGCCCUUGACCAAGACGCCCUACCAGGAGUACGCCGACUACCUUGUGAAGAAUCACAGGCCCGUCGCCCUCAACCCUCGUGCGGAAAAUGCGUAGGGAUUUUAAUGAAUCGGCGAUUCAUUUGUCCUGUAUAACACACAUAUUUUGAUUUUGUUGGCAGUUAGCUGAACUGCUGAAUAAAAUCCUAAAAGAACCACAA